AUGCAAGACGGUAUUCCGGGAUAUGUCAUAGUUUUGCAUUCGUGCACUGCUAUUAGUGUCCCGGUCAACCUUUUAGCCAUAUUUUGCAUUACAACACAGUCGUCGAAUACUAUGAAACAAUACAAAUGGUAUUUAUUGAAUGUGCAAAUAUGGAUAUUUCUAACUGAUAUAAUUCUUUUUGCUCUCAUUGCUCCUCGAUUCUAUUUCCCUCUAAUUGCGGGUACAAUGCACGGAAUCUUUUUCCAUAUCGGAGUUCCCUAUGACGUUCAGACGAUAAUAGGAUUUGGUACAGGAGUUGGAAUGCUUUCUGCAUGUAUUCAAACUAUUCAAUAUCGACACAGUAAAAUAGUUCCACCGAAUAGUAUACUGGCAAGAAGUUCGAGAAUCAAAGCCUUUUUGAAUUUUGUCAGAUAUUUCUUAUUCUGUCAAGUUUCUCUUCCUGCAGUUAUCACAGAACCUCGAAAUCAAAUUGAAGCGAAAAUGAGAGUUGCCGAGAAAUAUCAAUUUUAUCCCGACUUCUUCUUCGAUCCAAAAGUCUAUCUUCUCCAAGAAACUCCAUUUUUUGUAUUUGUUCCAGGAUCCGUUGUUAUUUUUUAUGUAUUCAUUGAACUUUCUUUUUAUAUUUUACAAAGUUUUCAUCAACUGAACAAGACCAAUUCUCACAUGUCUGAAAGAACAAAAAUGUUGCAGAAAAAAUAUUUUAUUUGCAUUUGUGUACAGGUUCUCAUUCCAUUUCUUUUCUGCAUUUUUCCUAUCGGGUUCUUAUGUUUUGCAAUUGUUUCUGGAUAUCAUGUCCAGGUUUGGAAUGACAUGGCUGUCAUCAUGUUCGGUUUACACGGGACCGUCGCCACUUUGGUUAUGCUUCCUCUCUACCAACCAUAUCGAAACUUUUGUAAAAGCCUAUUGUGCUGUGCGUUUCGGCCGUUUUCUAGAGUUCAAUCGUUGACUGUUAUGUGA